AUGAACACCAGGAUGGCCGCCAGCGCGAUGGUAGCCGAACUGCAACAAUCCGGUCGUCAAAUGCUGAUCGUCUCCUCAGGGGCUGUAGCCUUCGGUCGACAAAAGCUGCGACAAGAGCUCGUUAUGAGUAUGAGCAUGAGACAGACGCUGAGAGGUCCAGCUGGAAUCACUGCAGAUAAACGUGCUUGUGCUGCUUCCGGAAUGCCUGGACUUAUGUCGCUUUACGAACAACUUUUCCAACAGUAUGGAAUUACAGUGGCGCAGGUUUUGCUGACGAAGCCAGACAUUGACGAUCCACAACGGCGAAAGAACUUGCAGGCAACAAUUGAAAGCCUUCUCUUGCUUAAUAUUAUUCCUAUUGUAAAUGCCAACGACGCUGUUGCACCGGAUCCGAAACUGAAUAUGGUAAGAGCUUCAGUGCGAAAGACUGCUAAUUGA